CUGAAAUGGAAGAUGCUAAGAAAGAUGGGUCUGAGGUGUUGCCAAUUCUUAGCAACGAUGGUGAGACGCUGAUUAUGAAUAAUCUGAAAAAAUGUGAGGAGCAAAUAAAGGAAGAACCGAAUACACCGCAAUGCGAGGAUGUAACAUGUGGAUUUUGGAUAUUUAAAGGCGCUACUUUGCAAAGACUGGCUACUGAACAAAUGUAUGUUGUAGCUUAUGGCAUCGCUGGGUGUCUUAUAACAAUGGCCUUUUCAUAUUUUAAUGGCACGAUUACCACUUUGGAGCGACGGUUUAAAAUUCCUGCGAAAACUCUUGGAAUUAUAUCGGUUGGAAAUGAUAUGAGCACGAUGGUGGCAUCUGCGUUUCUCGGUUAUUAUGCGGGACGAAGACAUCGUCCUCGCUGGAUGGGCUGUGGCAUCCUUACUCUGGUCGCAUUUUGCCUUCUAACGGCAGCACUUCACUACUUUUAUGGUGCCGGAGAUGAAGCCCUAAGACUCACAGAAGAAUUCGGCGAAGGAAAAGUUGAAGAGUUUACGGAUGAAGAAACACUUUGUAAUGAAAUGGAACCAAAAUGCGUGAAGGAAACUGGACUUCGAAUGCCGCAGUUAUUUUUAUUUGCAGCACAACUCGUCUCUGGCAUUGGCCAAGCGCUAUUCUACGUUUUAGGAGUGUCCUAUAUGGACGAUAAUACGACCAAGUCUAAGACACCUGCUAUGCUAAGUUGGUCAACUUUUAUACGCAUGCUGGGUCCUGCGAUUGGCUACUCACUGGCCUCCUUCUGCCUGCGUCUGUAUAUCUCGCCCAGUUUGAAGCCAAUGAUUAAGAAUGAAGAUCCGCGUUGGUUGGGUGCCUGGUGGCUGGGCUGGCUCAUAUUGGCUGUUGUUUUGCUCAUCUCAGCUUUGACCAUUUUUAUGUUUCCGAAGGAAUUGCCGAAGGCCAGAAUGAGGCGCUUAAAACCCGACCAAGAUUCCUCUACAAAGGAACUUCAACCACUCUCAUUGGCGGAUUUGAUGAAAUCGGUGCAUAGAUUGCUGGCUAACAAGGUGUUCUUGUAUAAUACGCUUGCCUCCAUUCUAUACCUAUUUGGUUACAUGGCUUUUUGGAUCUUUACGCCUAAGUAUAUUGAGAUGCAAUAUCGAAAAUCCGCUGCAACGGCAAGCUUGGCCACAGGAUCAGUGGCAUUGGCGUUUUCCGCGGCGGGUGUGCUCAUUUCCGGUUUUGUGAUUUCAAAAUACAAGCCGAGUGCCCGAGCCUUGGCGGCCUGGAAUGGCACUGUUGACUUCCUGACUGUUGCUGGCAUUUUGUGCUACGUCUUCAUUGGCUGUGAAGGAAGCGAUAGAAUGGCAUUAUUAUCCGCGACUAGCAACACCAACUGUAGUACCCACUGCCACUGCGAGAAUGUCAGAUAUACACCCAUUUGUGGAGGGAAUAAUAUCACCUAUUUAUCUGCCUGCCACGCUGGCUGCACAGAACACUACAAAGACGAACUCAUAGGCUCUAUAUACAAGGGCUGUGACUGCAUGGCAGUACUGGAAGAGCCAAGUAUUUCAAAUGGUCAUUCAUUACAGUUUCAAACGGGCGUAGAAGGCGCCUGUCCUGUCGACUGCUCUUCACAAUUCAUCUCCUUUCUGGUCGUUAUGUGUUUCCUAAAGUUUGUGGGCGCCUCUGGCAGAUCUUCCAACGUUCUAUUAUCGCUGCGUUGCGUACCGCCCGAGGAUAAAAGCUUUGCUCUAGGACUUGGCAGCAUGCUUGUCUCCCUAAUAAGCUUUAUUCCCAGCCCAAUAUUUUACGGUUGGAUUAUGGAUAACCACUGUCUAAUAUGGGACAAAACAUGCACGAAUAAAGGCAAUUGCUUUCUAUAUGAUACGAAAUCUCUACGUUACGCUUUUAACAUUUCCUCGGCCGCGUUCAUUUUUAUUGGUGGCUUCUGGAAUAUUGGCGUUUGGUAUCAUGCAAAGCAUCUUAAAAUCUUUGAUGAGGAAUCGAAUACUGAGACAAAGGAGAAAGUGAAGAAGAAAUAUAUGAAUAAUGAAGAUGAAGUAGCAGAGCAAAGGACACUGAUGGAAUUAAGACAAAAUAAUAACUCGUAAUAAAUCUUUCUACUUUCACUUCUGAUCUCCAAGUAUGAUACGCUACCUGUAAUAUCGAAUGAGUGUUCAGAGAAGACUCCAUAGUUCUAUAUCAAUAACUAAGCGGGAAUUCUAGCUUGAAAAAAUGUAUUUACCCUUUUUCUAGCUUUACUUUAUAUUUCACCAUAAAUUUGUUUCCUUAUCUUUGUCAACACUUAAAAUCGUGAAUAUAAGCAGUGAAUAACGACUUUCGAUAAUA